UGUCCACAAAUAACGCAUUCUUGACAAGGACGCGUUUUAAUGAAGGCAAAUAUCUGUUGAUAUAAAAGAGUCCAUGCGUUUAAACGACGGUUUAUAAGCAAAUAUUGAAGGUUUGCACAGUGAACAGAUGAUCGCACUACAGGACACGAAAAUCUAUCGCAGCCAAAGUUACGUUUUGGUCCGGAGCAGCGCGAGGCACCAAACGCUGCGGCACGCGCUACACGCAGCGACCCACCGCAACGGUCGUUAUGAGGAAAAACGCCGUGGGUGAAUAUAGAUGAAAAUAUUAUUUCUUCGAGCUAAAGAAACCACAACGUUUGUCUCACUUAACUCCAGCAUGUGUUUUCCGCAUACCUACACCGCGAUUGUUUGUUUGUGUGUGAUCCAUCCCGAAACGGAACCGGUUUCACCUGAUCCUCCUCUAUGUCACCGCGUUAGCUGAACAAAGGGGAUCCCGGUGUGCUAUCGCGACGGACCUUCGAUAAGAAACCCGUAUACCUCCUCAUUUCAACCGCAAAGUGCCAAAAAUACUGGCUGCCCUGGCGUCCGUCACCGGAGUCAUAGAAAGAGAGGGUUGGGAUGGAGAACUGCUGUCGCAGCUGUAUGCCAUGUCUGAAGAGCUUAUGGGACUGGAUAUGGCCCGAAUUUUACCACACGAACACCGCUUACCCGGCCGAAAUCCCCACCAUCUCAGGUGAUAUCCGGAUCCCGGCGCCCAAGAAGAAACCGACGCAGCUCUACGCGGCUCUUUUUGACUUUGUGGCCCGCAGUGAAGAAGAGCUCAGUGUGAAAGAAGGGGACAAAUUGUCUGUUAUAGAAAAAAGGGGGGAAUAUGUGCUUGCCAAAAAGCUUACCGGAUCACUGGAGUCCGGUCUGGUACCUGCCAAUUACGUGGCCCUGGUACAGGAUGAAUUUGCCAAUUAUAAAUGGUACUAUGGGAAUAUAAACAGACAAAAAGCUGAGAGUCUCCUUCUGGCUUCUCAGAAUAAAACCGGUUCAUUUUUAGUGCGGAUCAGUGAGAGCCACAGUGAUGAAUAUACAAUCUCAGCCAGAAAUGAAAAUCGUGUCUUCCAUUUUCGUAUUCGUCGCUCGGCGAUUGGUGCUUACUUUGUAUCCGAAAAGAUCUCUUUUGCCACUCUGGAUGAGCUUAUCAAUUAUUACCAGAACAAUUCCAGAAGUCUGGGAUGUCCCCUAGACCAGCCAUGUGUACAGCAAAGAGAGCUGUUUGAUAUGGAACCUUGGGAGCGGCCGAGAGAGGAGUUUCAGCUUAUUAAGAAACUCGGUGAAGGCCACUUUGGAGAGGUGUGGGAGGCUUUGUGGACCACCAAGAAGCAAAAAGUGGCUAUCAAGAUGCUCAAACAAGAGGACACAAAGUUGGAUGAAUUUGUCAAGGAGGUCCACGCACUGAAGAACUUGCAUCAUCCUAAACUGAUUCAGCUCUUGGCUCUCUGCACACGAGGAGAACCUGUUUAUAUCAUCACUGAGCUCAUGACUAAAGGAAGCCUGAAAUCAUACCUUUCUUCAUCAGAGGGUCAGUUAUUGACCUCUGCUCACCUGAUCCACAUGGCGGGUCAGAUAGCAGAAGGAAUGGCCUAUCUGGAGGACCGACACAUUGUCCACAGAGACCUGGCUGCUAGAAACAUCCUCGUUGGAGAUGAUUUGGUGUGCAAGGUGGCUGACUUUGGUCUAGCUCGCAUCAUCAAGGACAGCGUUUAUACAGCUAGCAGAAGCACUAAGAUUCCCGUUCGGUGGACGGCUCCAGAAGCGGCACUGUAUCAGCGCUUCUCAGUGAAAUCGGAUGUUUGGUCAUUUGGAGUGCUGCUUUAUGAGAUGAUGUCACGUGGAAAGAUGCCAUAUGAUGGUAAGAAUAACAAGGAAGUUAUGGAGAUCCUGUCAUCGGGGUACAGGUUACCAUGUCCCAGUCGUUGCCCCCCGAACAUCUACCGCAUUAUGAUGACAUGCUGGGACGCUGAAGCUUCCAAACGGCCUUCGUUUCAUGCACUUCAUAGUCAACUUGACAAUAUCUACUCUAGAAUCUACUACAAAACCAUUGAGGUUUAGUAUACAAUGAAAAGACUGUAGCAUGAUUGUGGAAUACUGGAACAGAACGGAGAAUGAAGAAAAGGCUUGCAUGCACAAAAGUGCACAAAUGCACAAAGCUGUACUUUAGUGUCAGCGGGAGAUGUUUUUGCUUGAAUUAAAUGAAUGAAGUACGGUGCAAUUAACGUUUGUUAAAGGACAUCGGAGAGAAAUCGUGUCAGAGAAAAAACUAAAAGAGUAAAAGUGAUUCUCUUUAACCUGAUAGGGCCAGAUUAUCUCUAUAGUUUAUCAUAGGAAUUCUUGAUCAUCAGAAGCACUUUGUUAUGCCUCAGUUAUUAUUAUCAAUGCGCUUCCUUAUUUAUAUUAUAUAUAUAUAUAUAUAUAUAUGGGUUGAUCUGGCCCAUUCAGUUUCUGUAGGUUUAGUGGAAGGAUCUGUUUUCAGGUGAGAGUUAUGUUUACAAAUGAUUCACCUGCCAAAUAAUGGACAGGCAACUAUGAGAACGUGGAAAUUCAGGCCAUUUUAAGUUACAAUUGUUGAAUGUUUUUAAAAGCAGCCUGCACAAAAUUGUCUUUUUUUUCUUUUGAAACCAAGUGUAUGAUCUUAACACAAGCUCUCUAGUUAAGAUCUAACACAGGAGCCAUAUGACAGAAACAAGCUGGGAAGAUUUCCUCAUAUCUGGUUUUGUAGAAAUCGCAUUGAUGUCAUAAUUCACUUAACAGAAAAGCCACAUGAGUUUCACAUGUGCUAAUACACAUUCGCAUGAAUUUUCAUGUGAAUCCCAUUGGAUGAAAUACAAGUUUUAUUUCUGUAAAGAAAAUUGUCUUCCAGUUUUACAAGAGCACCACUGAGUCUUCUCUGUAUUCUUCAGGAUAACUCAUGUAAAUAAAAUAUUUUUACAAUA